AUGCUUGACGUGAGAACUGGGCUUUCUGUUGCUGGCGGUAGACUAUCUCCAUGGAGGGGCGACGACUGCUGCAAUUGGGAGGGAGUUGAGUGCCACAACAUCACGAGUCACGUUGUAAAACUUGACCACUCUAAUCUUGACGGAUCAACGCCCAACAAAAGUGAGCAUUUAGACCUUUCUCAAGGAGGGUUCAGUGGAAGAAUUCCACACCAGCUUGGCAAUCUCUCGAAACUGCAUCAUUUAGCUCUAGAUAAUAACGGUAUCGAGGGAACGAUAUCUGAAACAAUUGUCCAUCUGGGGAAUCUUCAUUUCCUAGACUUGGGCCUUAACAACAUCAAUGGUGAGAUCCCAGAAAGCAUUGGAAACUUGAGUAAAAUGCCAGUUUUAGAUCUAUCUAGCAACAGAAUUUUUGAAGCCAUACUAGGGACUAUCGGCAAUCUUACUGCACUGCAGAAUCUGGACUUAUCAGGCAAUCAAAUUAUUGGGCAGAUACCAAAUUCAGUAGGAAAUCUCCAGCAGUUAGAAGAACUCAGCAUGUCUCACAACAACAUAAAGUGGAUCAACAGUGUCAUUAUAACUGCCAAAGUUUCACAACUCCUUUACUCUAACAACAAUCUUUUUGGUGAAAUUCCAGAAGAGCUGACAAAUCUCCAUGGUCGUCAUUUCCUCAACUCGUCUUGGAAUCAUUUCUCAGGAAACAUAUCGGAUGAGAUUGAUCUCAUGAGUGAGCUAGAAUCGCUUGAUCUUUCAGAGAACCACUUGUCCGGUGAAAUUCCUUUAAGCAUAUCUGCUUUAUAUUCUCUGAGCAUCUUAAAUUUAUCUUACAACAAUCUUAUUGGGAGAAUACCUAUGGGCACUCAACUGCAAACCUUCACCAACUUGUCCUACAUGGGCAACCCUCGACUUUGUGGGGAACCAUUGCAGAUCAAGUGCCCAGGCGACAACCCACCCAUUGGAGUUCCAGAAGAAGAGGACAUGCAUGAAGAUGAUGAGUAUGGUGGAAUUUGGUAUUUCAUUGGUUUUGCUCUUGGAUUUGUGUUUGGCUUCUGGGUUUUCAUGGGCAUAGUUAUGAUAAAGAGGAAUAUUAGAAUCAAAUACAUCAUACACAUUGACAGGAUUUGCAGUUGGUUCAUGUAUAUGUAA